AUGUCCGUACCGGUAUACCACAUAACAGACCCCAAUCUACCAACUCCGCUAGUCAAGAAAUCUCCCACCAUCAUAAAGAGAUUUCAAGAAACAUAUUUCACCAAACCUGAUUUCAUAUCAAGGUCCCCCGGUAGAGUAAACCUAAUAGGGGAACAUAUCGAUUAUGCAGAUUUCGCAGUAUUACCCAUGGCCAUCGAUGUCGACAUGCUUUGUGCAGUCAAGAUCCUCCGUAACGACCCACAAAAGAACCCUUCUAUAACUUUAACUAAUUCAGAUCGUAGAUUUGCUCAAAGGAAAUUCGAUUUACCCUUGGAUGGUUCAUUCGUUACCAUAGAUCCAUCCAUCUCAGAUUGGUCCAAUUAUUUCAAAUGUGGGCUCCAUGUGGCUCAACAAUUCUUGACGGAAUUGGAUCCAGAAAGGUUCCAAAAUAAUCCGCUCGUGGGACUGCAAGUCUUUUGUCAAGGUGACAUCCCCGUGGGAAGUGGGUUAUCCUCAUCUUCGGCAUUCAUUUGUGCUGUCGCAUUGGCGAUAAUUAGAGCUAAUAUGGGCGCUCAAUACCCGAUGAGUAAGAGUGAUUUGACUAACAUGACAGGUGUUGCGGAACACUACGUGGGUGUGAGUAAUGGUGGGAUGGAUCAAGCCGCAUCCGUGUGUGGUGAAGAAGAUCAUGCAUUGUAUGUGGCUUUCAAACCAACAUUAACAGCGACACCUUUCAAGUUCCCACAGUUGAAAGAUCAUGAUAUUCAAUUCGUGAUUGCUAAUACUCUUGUGGUGGCUAAUAAAUUCGAUACUGCUCCUACUAAUUAUAAUUUAAGAGUCAUUGAAGUCACUGCAGCAGCAAACGUAUUGGCUAAUAAGUAUGGUGUUGCAUUGCAUCAUGGUGGCGAUUUGAAUAAGGGUAAUUUAAGAGAUUUUAUGGAAGCUUAUUAUGCUAGAUAUUUUAAUGCUUCGAAUAAAUGGGAAGGUGAUGUGUCAAGUGGGAUUGAAAGAUUGACUAAGAUGUUGGAGUUAGUGGAAGAGUCUCUAGGUGAUAAGAAGGAUGGGUUCACUGUGAGUGAUGCCGCUGAUGCAUUAAAUUGUUCUCGUGAAGAAUUUACAAGAGAUUAUUUGACCAUAUUUCCCGUGAGGUUUCAAGUAUUGAAAUUAUAUCAAAGAGCCAAACAUGUAUAUUCGGAGGCUUUGAGAGUGUUGAAGGCGCUACAAUUAAUUACUCAUGAAUCUCAAUACGAAAGGGAAAGUGAAUUUUUUUCACAGUUUGGUCAAUUGAUGAAUGAGUCACAACAAUCUUGUGAUAAAUUAUAUGAAUGUUCGUGUCCUGAAAUUGAUAGUAUUUGUUCCAUUGCAUUGGAGAACGGGUCAUAUGGAUCUCGUUUGACAGGGGCUGGUUGGGGUGGAUGUACUGUGCAUUUAGUCCCUGGUGGACCAAAUGGAAGUGUGGAAAGAGUUAAGAAGGCAUUGAUUGAACAAUUUUAUAAAGUAAGAUAUCCAGGCAUAUCAGAUGAAAUAUUGGAAGAGGUAAUUAUUGUUUCCAAACCAGCACUGGGCAGUUGUCUUUAUGAAUUAGAGGAUUGA